UUUAUGUAAUGUAAUGGUGUAACACAGUAACCUAUUUUUGCGUCUGAUACAUCGCAUUAGGGGUUAAAAGCGGACACGGACUACUGAAAAGAAAGAAUACUAAUAUGAACAUAUUCUGGUGGGGUUCGUGAUGCGUUUGCGGAGUUCGGAACGACGAGGAAAGCGGCACGUUGAACUGGAAGCUGAGUUUUGUUUAAUUCAACCUGCUUGAAAGGGAAAUACGGUAUGUGUCCCAAGCCAAAGACUAAGUUAAAGCUGGAAAUGGAUAGUGCCAAUGGAUAUAUUUUAAUUUGCAAAGGGAAUGUGUAAGGAGAGCACAUGAUAGCUUAAAUUAGCGGUAGCCUUGCUAGACAGAAACCAGGUCGGGUUCGAGCAGAUGUGACCAAAGAAGGGACACAUUUACUGGAUCUCUAGCUGUCGUGGGACGUUUUUUUCUGGUGACAUAACGCAGUCAACAUGGAUAUGCUGGAGUGUCCGCUCUGUCUCUUCCUGAUGUUCGAGCCGGUGACCAUGGCGUGCGGUCACACGUUCUGCCGGAGAUGCGUUGGGGGCUACCUCCCGUCCAAAUGCCCGUCGUGCAAGGAGAGGUUAAAACAAAGAGACGUGAAAAGCAUGAAGAACAAUGUUCUGCUUAUCAGCGUCGUUGAGAAGUGCUGCCCCAACGAGACAAAGACGAAGUGCCAUGUACAGGAGAAGCUCAAAUCCAACGAGUUCAUGGAAGCUUUACGCAAUGUGAACGAGGGGCUACACUUAGUCCCAGAUGAUCAGAGUUUGAAGCUGUUCAGAGCUGAAGCUAACUGUGGCCUGAUGCGUUUCUCUGAUGCUCUGACAGACCUCGACUACCUCUGCUGCCUUCGUCCUAACUGGACUGAGGGCUUCUUUCGUAAAGGGAAUGUACUGCUGGAAAUGGGUCAACAGAAGGACGCCCUAAUCCAGUUCCACCGUUGCCUAAAACUUCAAGCUGACUUUGCUCCUGCAAAGAGCCAGAUCAAGAAGAUUCUGGAGGCAGAGGGCAUGGCAGUGCCGGACGAGGUGUCCUGCAUCUUGCAAGUGGUGUCCGAGUACCUAAAAGGGCCCUGCCCCAUUACCAGCCUAAGUGGCUCCCAGGGGCCAACUCACCCUGAUGGCCUCAAACAUCAAUGUGGGGAUGACAGAGAAGGAAAAGGGAGGAGAGAGGCACACCAGGGUUCCAAGGUGAAGCAUGACACAGGUACCGAGUGCUGCCUCAGCCUCUGCCAAGCUGUUUCCUUCCUCCCUGCUGCUGAGGAGGACGAGGAGAUGAUGAGGAAGGAAGAUGGGCAUGGCAGGGGUGAAAGUGGUGACAGCAGAGAGAAAACUCUAGGUGUUCUCACCGUGUCAGACUUUGAGUGCCCGCUCUGCAUCAGAUUUUUUUUUGAGCCAGUCACUACUCCCUGUGGUCACACCUUCUGUAAAAACUGCAUAGAGAGGAGUCUGGACCACAACCUCCGCUGUCCACUCUGCAAACAGCCGCUACAAGAGUACUUUAAAAACAGGAAGUACAACACCACAGUUCUGCUUCAGGACAUCAUGAUCUGCCUUUUCCCCUCACAGUUGGCUGAGAGGAAACAGGUCCAUGAAGCUGAAAUUGCUGAACUGUCCAAUCUCACUAAGGACAUCCCUAUAUUUGUUUGCACGGUGGCCUACCCUGGCGUUCCCUGCCCCCUGCACAUCUUCGAGCCUCGAUAUAGGCUGAUGAUGCGCCGCUGCAUGGAGACCGGCACCAAGAAGUUUGGCAUGUGCAACUAUGAGCAUGGCAAGGGGUUUGCAGACUAUGGCUGCAUAUUAGAGAUCCACAGUCUGGAGCUGCUGGCUGAUGGACGGUCCUUUGUGGACGCAGCGGGUGUCAGCAGAUUCAAGGUGCUUAAGAGAGCUCAGCGAGACGGCUACCACACGGCUGAUAUCGAGUACCUGGAGGACCUCAAGGUUGAUGGUAGUGAGUUGGAGAUUUUGGAGAGUCUGCAUGACAGUGUGUACCAGCAGGCUCAGGACUGGUACCAGCGCCUUAGCAGUCGCAUUCGCGAGCAGAUCAGCAGACAGUACGGCACCAUGCCAGAUAAGGAGGAGAACCUUCAGGCCUCAUCCAAUGGUCCGGCCUGGUGCUGGUGGCUGCUGUCUGUCCUCCAGCUGGACCCUGCCUAUCAAACCACCAUCCUGUCCCUGACCUCACUCAAAGACCGCUUGGGACACCUCCGCCUUGUCCUGGAGUACUUCUCUCAGAGCUAGACCCCACAGCUCAGUGGUAGUGUGACCACAACAAGCUGAGGUUCAAUAAGAAAGCUAUGAAUGCAUCCACACCACAGAGAUUUGGGUUUGGGUCUACUCUGCAUCUUAAAGUCACAGCUCAAGGCCAAAUCAUCUGGUCUACAGCAGAAAGAAAGUGAUUUCAUUACAAAACACAGCGCAAUUGUACAGAGUCGGGGUUCUGCGGUUUGAGAGUUUGCAUGACUUAUCUUUCUUACACCGUGUUCUUCCCUAGGAAUUUAUGGGUUCAGAGUAGUUUACACGUUUACUUGCUGCAACAACAGAAACUACUUGGUCGACCAAAGAUGCUUCUUAUUUAGGUCCUUCAAAGGUGGUAAAAUAUUAUUUGUUGAUUAACUAAAUCAGUUCAAUUAACAUUACUGAAUAUAAGCACUAGGUGUCACUGUUCUUUCUCCCAAUAAUUGUAAACAAGAAGAACAUGCAGCUUCAGCCAAGCGGACACAGUUUUCUGUACUGUCAGGUGUUCAUUCAAAUCAGACUCUUUUAUUAACAUAGCUUCGCUUGGGAAUAAACAUUAAUAGCACAGACAAUUUGUAGAGAUGUGUAGACGAUGUUUCAGGACUAUGCACAUCAGAGUAUUACAUUGAUUUGGAUAUUGCUGAAGGGCACUUCUUGUAAUUCUUCUCAUCUAAUUGCAUUUAUUGGCCUUGACAGCUAUUGACCACGGCUCAUUUUAUACUAUUGAAAAAUCUUAAAAUAUCCCUAUUUAGUAUUAAAUAUUGCAAUAAUAAUUCAUAGUUUCACAUAAAAGGGCAGCAACUGGAGGAUCUUUUUUUAAAUAAAGGAAGCCGCUGCUGUGGCUGCUGGAUGUCUCUGGAUGCCGUUUGUCAUCAUCUGGUGGGAAAAGUAUUCUGUGAAAUUUUGUCAAUGAGGAGACAGAGUGAGUGAAUGGGAGGCGUACUGUACCAGCUUUGUUUUACAAAUGAACCUGUGUGAUGUUGCAGCACUGUAUGUAUGCGUGUGAGCUGUAAAUAGGAAGUUUCCGUCGCCAACUUCAUUAGCUAAUUAUAAUUUUUUUUAUUUCUUAUGGCGAGGUGUCAGCACUGAUGAUGGCUACUGUCAGGUCCGCUCCCUCAAGGUGCAUGGGCUAUAAAUGAAGCCAUGACACAGUGCUUAACAUUUCUUGUGCAUAGAUACCUGUGAAAUAAUUCAGCGAGGGUCUGACUGGGGCUGAGUCCCUCCUGCGGUGCUUCUGUGUUGGCCACAUCAGCCAGGCCCCUGUCUGUGUGGCCCCUCUACCACCAGUCAUGGUGCCUUUGAGUGCCUGGGCUAACUAACCGGGAGACCUGCAAGUCUUAGACUUUCUACUUAUAUGACAGACUGUGAUUUGCUAUUUAAAUUGUUUUUGCAAUUCAUUUUUAUUUAAUAUAGCGCUACAUUCCAUGGAAUGUUGAAGCUGCAUUGUGACGUGUAGUUAGUUUCCGAACACAUUGGAGCUUUAAGGAAUAACACCCACAGAAUGACCAUUUGAUUAUCAAUUAGCAUGUAACCCAUGUCACCUUGUAGAAAACGAUCUCGCAUGCCUCCACGGUGAACCAAUAAUCAGAAGUCUUGAUUAAUUGAAGUAAAUACCAAGUUAAUGACGGCAAAACUAUAUGAAAACCUCUGUUAACAAACAA